AUGGCGAUCCGCUACGAGGCCGACGCUGGUUGCACCGGGGGCCAGGUCGGACUGCUGAGCUGGCCUGCGGCUGACGCCAGUAGUAGCCAGGAGCAUCGCGUCCUCCUCUGCGUCUCGUGCAGGGUUGGGAUCCGGCCGGCCGACGGCAUACGGCUACACUUCUGGCGGACGCACCGUCUCAAGGGCGAGGCAAUACGCCAGAUCGUCGACUACAGCUACGCCGCCGAGCCGAUCGCGAACCCGCACACCCACGUCUUACUCGAACGGGUUGCGAGAUACGAAGAGAACCUAGCUACGGAGCUAGAGGAGACGCGCCGGACGGCAGACAGCCGGCAGGGAGCCGACUUCGAGUCGACGUGGGUCCGCGAGAUGGGCUGGGCCAGGCACCUAGCCGGCAGCGACCUCAGUGAGCAUUUCCUGGCGAGCCGGAACGCCCUCACGGCGACGGAGCGCGCUAAGCUGUGGGCGGAGGCAGACAUCGCCGAGCACGAGCGCCUCCUCCGGCUCGGGGCCAGCUUCGAACGGCUCGUCGCGAGAGGAAUCGAGCGGACAGGUCAGGUGCCAAAGGAGGUACUCCGAUACCUAGCUAGCGUAGACGCUGACCGCCCGGCCGCUGCCCCGUUCAGGUCGGAGAACGGCCAGGAUACCGAGGAUCGGUACCAGGCCUACUGGAAGCGCUACCUCUACUACUGCGUCCGGGCUGGGCGGCUUGGCCGAGACGAGGCCACGAAGAAGUUCCGGAUCCGGUUUAACGACGCCCAGUGGGCUGAGCUCGAGGAAAUCAUCAGGCGGCUCGACAGCAGCGACAACAGCGACCGGGAGAACGAAGGCGACGGGACGUCUCCAGCCUCGUCGACCUACGUCGGGUCCGAAGAGCUAGCAACUCCGGGGUACGAGGCAGGCGAGGGAGAGGACGCGGCCGAGGACCCAAUAGACAGGGUUGUAAUGGCCUUCUGCGUCGAGUCGCUCCAGCAGAAGGUCGCCGUCUAUCUAUUCCACAACCCGCUACUACACUUCACGGCCGUGCUCAGGAUCAGUAGUUCCCGGAAGGGCUACGCCUGGCGGCCAGCGACCGAGUUCACAACACAGGUAGCCGGGCUGGUCUGGUGCGCCCGUCUUAUCCUCCUAGAGCAUAUCUUCGAGUCAGAAAAAGCCGGCGAGGAUAUGGGCGAGGAAGCUAUCGAGCACUUCCGCACGCAGCAUCGCGACUGGCUCGCAGACGGCUCGUUCUCGCCGUUUAGCGCGAUGAUCCGGAUAAUGACGUACGGCAAGGGCUACCGGAAGAAAGAGGGGGGUACGCCACGGCUGAUGUGGGAGGAUAACAAGGAGGCCCUGCGAUAUCUCGGCCAGCGCAUCCCGCUCGACGACUUCCGGGUCAUGGCAGCUAGCAUCGUGGCAGACGCGGAGGAGCUGCUGGACGAGCUCAUGUUUAGGGACUUCGAGGGGCCCGGGGCGUCGUUCGCUACGCACGAGAAGAAUAGCUGGCUCGAGCCGGGCUUCCGGAAGCUGCUCGGUCCCGGUACCGCCCAGCUCUGGGACGACGAGGUGGGCAACUUCCUCAUGUGCGACACGAAGGAUAUGCUCCGGAACGUCUUUCUGUUCGACGGCCAGGUAAUGCUAGUAACGGACCGCGACAAGGGUAAGGCGAUCCGCGGUAUCGGCCGAAAGGUAGCCCGUUUCUUACUAGAGACGGUCGGACGACUAAUGGUUGCUUAUAUCCUAUGGGUCCUGCCGCUCGAGAGACUACUCCUCACGGAGACGAAGGGCCUGGGGCUGUCUAAGCUACUCGAUGCCUGGCUCUGGAAAGAUAGCCGGAGAGGGAUCUGGACGACUCCCGAGCUGAGUAAUAAGCUAGCAGCAGUUACGACAGAGCACAUCGGUGUUAAGCUAGGCGUGGCUAACUACCGCCACGUCGCAAUCGAGCUCGGCCGACAUAUCCGAGUGGCGACAACAGGGCUCGGAACCGGGGUCGACAUCGAAGGCAUCGUUGCAAUUAUCCACGGGGAGCAGCGGUACGGGCUUGUCGACUUCGUCCAGCAGACGGGCCGCGGCGGGAGGAAGGCCGGGGAGGAGGUAGAGUCGGUUGUAGUACUAGGCAGGGCGGCUGUGUACCAGGGCCGGCAGGCGAGCGACGUAGAUCAGCUGAACCGGCAGGCGGUCGAGCGUUUCACGCAGACGCCGGACUGCCGGAGGCUCGUGCUUGGGGCGUUCAUGGACGGGAUCGCGCAGGACUGCGACAGUCUCUAG